AUGCAGAGGAAGCGCUGUCCGCCUGUGCAGUGGCAGAGGGUGGGGGGGGUAAAAACUCCCGCGCCGCUCCCUUUCAGCUCUUCGGACAGGCCCGCUCCCGGGGGGAGGGAGGGCAAGAUCCUGCGCCUCCUGAGCACCAACUGCCAUCAGGACCGCAGCCUGCCCUCGCCCCCGGUAGCGUCCUCGGGGCGCCGCCGCCGCCGCGGAGCCGCGGUCCGGCCGUCUCUCCGCACCCGCGGGGGCCAGAGCGGACACCCGGGGGAACCGCGGGCCGGGUCCUCGCUGCCGUGGAGCCGCCGGCGCUGUCCAGCGGCGCUGGUGCUGCUCGCCCCGCCGCUGCGGGCGGAGCCGGACCCGGGGGUGAGGCGCAGACCAAGCCCGCGGCUUGCUCCGCAGUCCCGAUUUAUACCUGGUGCUGGGAGGAGCCGCCCCGCCGCUCCUCCUGCAAGCGCUCGUGCUCUCGCCCCAACCCCCGAGGCGCCGAGAAGGAUCUUGCGCGGAGGGGAAACGCGGAGCGCAGCCCCAAUAGGCACUGCCCGGCAAACCGGGGAGCUGUCCGCCACGUCGGGCGGAAGGCGGGAUCGCCUGCGGGAAGCCCGUCGUCCAGUAUCUUACCCGGGUGAAACCACGGCGCUUUGAAAUGCAGGGUGACAGGGAGCGAGGGACUUGGAGAUGAGGGGAUUUUAUUUCUGUUAUCCAGCUAUGGGUUCUGAAUAGACCCUGCUUGAAGACAUCAGCUGCCUCUAAAGUUUCAUGGUUUGAUUUGCGAAGCUGCAUUUCAUGUUACUGUCGACUGUGGAAAUGGGGGCAGCUGAGCUGUUUUAUCCAUGACUUACUAUUCAAAUGGUAUAACAGAGUGGUGAACGUUGUUCACCUCUUCAAAGUGCAGCAUUUAUUCCUAAUGUUUCUUGCUUUCCAGUGAGAUAAUACAUUUUACUUCCUAGUGUGUGCACGUGUAGUCUUUCCAAACAGCUCCAACUGUUUCCAGCAGAAGCCAUGAACAUAGGUAGCAGUGCAAAUAUGCUGGAAGAGGGGCAGACCUACUGGACUGAAGUUUUCAAGAUAAAGAGCUAAGGCAGAUGAAUAACAGCAUUUGCCAGUGACAUACUCUGCAGAUGGAUUCUUUCCCUUCCUCUUCUCAAAAGGGAGAAGGUAUGAGCUUGCAGUGAACUUGCUUGUUCAUAUUACUAAAAUAGUUCUUUUGAAGCCCUAUGGGUUUAUGACAGGUGUAUGGAGAAAGCAAACAAAUGAAUGGAGGACUUGCUGGAGUGAGAGAAAGAGUUUGACCACUGAAAUACCAGAAGAAAAGCAUUAAUACAUAGCCUGUUCGUGCCAUGCUGUCCAGUGAAGGAAUUUAAUUUAACAGACAUUAGCGAUUUAUCCUAAAUAACCUUUUUCUAAGAUAUCAAACAAAAAGUAAUAUUACUUCUUAAAAGUUACACCUCUCUGUAUCUAUUGAUUGGUCUUUGUGACUCUUCUCGCUUCCGUGAAUAUAUGAACAUGUUACAGUUGUGCAAAUUACUGUUUCAUAUAAAACUGAUUACUUUAUUAUAAUAGAAAACCCAGCCAGUGCUAGUCCUCAGAAGUGAGCAGGCUAGAGACUUCAUCUUUACCAUUAGUCAGCUGAUAGGAAUGGUCACAGAGAUCCUCUGGAAGUGAUUCUUUUUACUGAUCAAGUUUCCUUAAACUAGUAUCAAAUUCAACUACAUUCCCUUCAAAGCACCCUUACUGUUGUCUUGGAUAUUUAUCACAGCUGCUGGUACUCUCUACUUUGCUGAGCAUAUACAAAAUUUUCUAAGACCAUCAACAUUCAGGUCUCCGCAAGCAGUCUGAAUCAGUCUUUUUCGUUCCCAUUAGUUGGAUCCAAUAUGUGCCUUUAACGCUGUAACCCCAGAGUAUGGCCCCUUCACUAAUUUAUUUGAAAAUGGGCUUAUGUGUGAACAAUCAAUAUGAUUCCCACUGGGAGAAUAGUUUAAAGUCAACACAUAUUUAAUAUUGAUUUAUCUGGAACAACAGGAAGCCAACUCUUUUUGAACGAGUAUCAACAGAACACUUCAAAAACUUCUAUUGGCAUAAACUUCUUGCAGUUUGCAUGGAGAGAGGUGAGACCCCUUGCUUUUUGUUGCACAACACACCACUCUUACUGCUGCCCUCUGGGAGAAUUUAUUCCAUCCUAGUAAGUUUUACCUGUCCUUUAGUCCAUGGGAUGGAAUUCCUAAGGUUAAGAAAUUAGGAACAUACUCAGUGGGAAUUUAUUUUCCUGAUUUUUACCAGUACUUGAUUUUCUCUAGUCUAUUUUUUCAGAACUCCAAACAGCAAGGAAAUAAGGUUUGGAGACUGUGAGUGUCUCCAGCUCAAAGGAAACAGAAAGUUAGAUUAUGCUUCUAAUGUCAUUCAACAGAUGUCUGUGUAAGGGCAAGGGAAUAUACUCAAACAGCAUGAAUAUCAUUUCCUGCAGAGGCAAAAAGGAGAGGAAAAUGAUCCACAGACCCUGACAUAAACCAGCCGGAAUUCGGAUACCCACAUACAAACUGUCCAUCAUUCUGUUUUCAAACAAAAGAAUCCACUUGUCUCUUUGGAUGUUAGUUCACUUUGCAGUCUAGAGAAAUUCUCAUUGUACAGCUGUGACACAGUACUUAAAACAAGAACAAAGGAAAGAGCACCACAGGUAAGUCUCCUUAGUGGGAAAGAAACUGAGCACAGGCUGAAAUCAGCCAGCACAGAUCCAGCAUAUCUGGGAGUUCAACAUCACACGGCAGGGACUGCAACAACUUGGAAACGUGGGGGGAAAUCUGCUUCAUCAGUAAAUCCCAAAUGUACGGAUGCAAAAUCAGUCUGUGUAGGAGUGAGGAACUGCACACAUCUCAAAACCCCCUCUACUGAGAACUGCUUCUAACAGGGGAAAAGGCUCCUUUCACACGUUUGUGCAGCUUAAGGUGCUUGAUAAUUCUGGGGCUAAUUCCAAAUUUGCAUAUCACAAAAAACUGUGUAGUCCCAUGAAGAGCCAAGCAUAUCUGUCACCAAGACUACCCGCAGUAAGUAGCCUUUAAUCACGCAUGGUUCAAACUAAAUGAGACCCGUGUCCAAAUGCAACCCGGGAAGUGAUCAUGUUUGAAGGCCUGAUCAUCAGUCAUGUGUUAAAAAGAAACAGGACAACAAACAAGGAACAAAUAGUAUUCAUUUUAAACACUGAGCAUUAAGAACCAAACCUUAGAGAAAUUUUUGUCGUAUCUUGCAUUAGACCAGCAGAUACAGCUGGAAAAAGUGGACAUGUACUGUAGCAGAGUCACUUCUCUCAGACAGUUAGAUGUACAAUAACCUCCAGUAAGUCAUGUCUUCUUCUAACUCAAAUAUAGGCUUUCUUAAUUUGGUUGAGGUUUGUUUUGGCAUAGACUUCCAUUACCUUUCAACUUAUUGGGUCAGAGGCUCUAUUUAAAGGACAAGAGGAUACAGAAUUAGAUCACUUCCCUUAUCCCCAGGUUUCAAAAUAGGUAACAGGGUUUGCUACUGCUACUUAUGAGUGUAGCUGGAAGUGGACCCAAGAAGCUGACAGCAAGAGUAUCCAGAGAUGGAGAAAGGAGGGAAGGGAAACAAGGGCUCUCUAUGUGGAUAUGAAACACUGUGCUGUGGAGCCUUGAAGGAGGACAAAUGAUUGGCUUCUAAGGCUACCUCUCUAAGGCUAGACCACAAACCUCUGUGACUCUUUUACUAGUAAAAUAGCACUGAAAAUCAAUAGUCUCAUAUGCAAUGUCAGUGCAUUCCCUGGGAGAAAUCUAUAUGAGAAGAAUUACUUCAAAAAUAAUUGUUGUGGACUUAUGUAGAGAGUCUCACAACUGGCAUAAGCUAGCGAAUUUGAUAUAUUCAAAAUAGAAAUGCUGAGUUCAACUACAGUUUCAGGAUUCCAGAUAAUAGAAGUAGCUAUGCUAUGUGGUCAGAGCCGAGCUGUGUCCAUCAGCAAUACUAUGUCCUCGGAGCACUGGGCUGCAAGGAGGAAUAGUUUGUGACCUCCCAGGCCUGGCAAAGCUGCAAAAAACACCAAUAUGGAAAUUCCUCUUCAUUAGGUCUGCAUGACUGGAUGUGGUGAUGGUGGAAAAGAAAGAUAGAGAGUGAUUCACCAUGCCUAUUUCUUAAUUUUUCAAAAAAUUCUUGUUAGACUAAACAGGUUUUGCAUUAAUUCAAUUAAAAAAAUAGUGAGGAAGAAGCCUUAGGUAUGACACACAUCUCCCCAGACUGAGCACCAUGGCUGAGCCCAUAUCCCUGUGCAAUUAACCCAAACUCUCCUUAGUCUAUCCUCAACUCCCUGACUUUGCAUGCUGCCUGCUACUCUUUGUGCUAAACACACAGCAGCAGGCAGCCAGGAGGAUCUGAGGAAGCCACCUGCCUCCUAAGACUCCUGCCCUAGCUGAAGGUGAGGCAACCUCCAUCUGAGGUCUGAACUGCAGUCGAGGCACCAGUCUGCAGCUAGUAGAGGCCUCCACUGUGUCUAAGCUUCAAUGUGGGGAACUUUGCAAACCAAAAGGGAAAUUCAGGUGCUUCCAGCACUGAGCAAAGCUGAAAAGCUGGCCAAAGAGAGUGUUCUCCAAGAUUUAGGUAUGCAAGCUCUCUUUUGGUAUACAAAAUCUUAUCUUACUGAUGCCAGUUCAUUUUUUUGGGCCAUGUCAUUUUGUGUGAUUUCUAUGGUGCCUUUUUUUCAUGCCACAAGGUUAACAGGUGUCAUUACAUUUAACCAUACUAAUAAAGCAAUUAACUGGAUACUUAAUGUUAAACACACAUUUCAUCACUCUAAGCACAAGCACAGCUUGAUGCACGCAUUCAGUUUCCAACUGUUCAACUGUGGUUAUUCAGUAGGAUUUCAAUUCAUUAAAAGGUUAAAGAGCACAUGGCUGAGUUGCAACCUUGAGCUGAAAGCCAGACUUAGGACUCACUUAGAAAAAAGUGUGAUAUCAAUAUCUUCCACCUCAUGUGUGCAUGAUAGACAAGCAAUAGACAGCUGUUCCUGCAGAUUCAAAAUGAAUAAUGAUUUUCUGUCAAGAAAGUCCCAAGGAACUGCUUGAGUUGCCUUAGCAGACUGCACUGAAAAGGACUGCAGAAGUAGGAGUUUUCAGCUCUCCCAUUAUUGCUUUUAAAACAUUUCUGCUUAAAGAGAUUCUAAGAAAUACCAAUACAAGUAUUCUUUGAAGUAUAUUCAACAGUAGGCUUUACAUUUUUUUUAAAUUAAGUGAUUAAAAUAUUAUUGAUAUAAAACAUCUGUCCAGCAUGCUGAGCUAACGUAGUAAUUUUAUAGUACUGUGGAAACAUUAAAAAUUGCUUUUUGAGUACAAUUAAACUCCAUAUGUAUUAUGAGCAGAAGAAAAACAAUUUACUGUAAACAAUUAUUGCAUUUUUGUGAAGGCUAGUCACACAUCCUGAGAACCACAAUAUUUUAUUGCAGGUCACAUACCUGGGAGAUUAUCGCUUUUAGUUCAUUCAAUGUAUACAAACCUCGGCAUUCUCUCUACACAGUGGAGCAGCAGAUUGCAUUUUAAAAAGUUUAGAAACUCAGUCUCAGUACUACAACCACAGCACCUUUUAGAGCCCUCCAGGAGAUACACAGACAUUUAAAUAACUGCCUGAAAAAGGAGCUGUAGUAAAUAACACAUAGUUAUUGAAGCACUUUUCACCUUCAUCAUCAUCUACCUACUUCAGCAGAUGCAGGGCAGGUUCCCCUUACAAAGGGUGUCCCGAUGUUUUGAAACAGCUAUUCUAAUCAUGCCAUUAAUAUAGUCAUUGUGGUGUCUUUUAGAGUCACAGCAGUCGAACCCAUACAAAAAAUGAGCCAUGAUUCCUAUCUCUUCCCUCCUCCUCCUGCUUCCGUGCCUAUGAGCAUACAUCACUGAGGGAACAACACCUUUUGUUACAUCAUCUGGAAGUCACACUGCAAACAAUUACAAGGAGGCUUUCUCAUAAGUUUAGAGAUAAAAUAAUAAAUGCCCCCUUUUGUAUUUGGUGGCUGGAUUUCACUUUCCUGUGCAUCCUUUUCAGAACACCGAAUAAGCUACAGCGCACCACCAACUGAAUGACGAGCUACCUCUUCCCCUCCUCUGGUUUCCCACCUCCACCCUUCUUCCCUCUACCUUCUCAUAAAACUCCCACUAGGUUCAAACUACUAUGCUGAGGUACAUCCCCGUGUUUCACUGGGCAGAUGUUCAUGACCAGGAGUGUCUGGCACAUGCACAGCUCUUCUGGAGUUCUUUCAACUGUGCAUAUGGAGUAGGCUGUCAAAUUACUAAACGCAAUUCUUGCCAUUAAAUCAUUUGUAAUAAUAUUGGAGUGGCUAAUAUUAUUUGUUUUAGUUCAAUUGUGAUUUCUUUGAAUUCAGAAUCUUGUACAUACAGCUUCCAAGUCCAGUUGCAUCCUUACUUUCUAUUUGACUUAGUUAAAUACAAGUUAUUAAGCUCUAGAUGGUGUAAACUGAACCUGUCAGCAGCCCAGGAGGCUGCCUCUGCGCCCCAGUUCGCGGAGCCCCGGCUCGUCCGAGACGAACGCGUCGGAGCUGCCCUACUGCGGAGCCCCCGGGACCGGGACCGGGACCGCGACCGGCGCGGGAGAGAGGCAGCGCGGGGGAGCUGCGGCCGGGCUGGGGCGAUGGUCGGAGCUGUGAAUACCCCGAGGCGGGGGUGAAAGGCCGGCGCAAGGCAGCGAGGCAAGAACAGGGGAGCACCCGGCAGCAGUGUGGCGGUGGCGGACGGUGCUGCUGACAGUGCUGGCCGGGGAUUACCGUCCGGCGCCAGCGGAGUCCGCUUUCGCUGCGGCCGCCAGCUCCCCGAGCGCCGGGGCCCGCCCGGGGGUCAAAGGGAGGAGCGAGCCGGAGCUGGAGCCGGAGCCGGGGCCGGGGCUGGGGUUGGGGUUGCCUCCGGCCGCCGCCGCCCGCGCAGAGCGCUUUCCCCAGCCAUGUCCCCCAACUACAUGCGGAGCUUCUCGGAAGGAUGUGUAUUCUGGGCAUUACAGCUGGCGAUUGUACUGAUACCUGGAGCCUUUUUUCACCUUUGUGCUGCAUGUAAGAGCAUCACACAGGAAGAAAUCCUCCAAAAGUCAUUCUACACUGGUUUUUAUAUCUUCACUGUUUUCU